GCUGAAUUUCACAGCAGACAUUCUUUCAGCUCCCUAAGACUUUCCGGGAAUGUGGAUGCCCGCGUCUGGAAUUCUCACUGAGCGGCGACCAGCCUCCAUGCCCGGCCUCUCCAAGGGGCCCACCUGCGGGGCUCCUCCGCCUUCCCAGCUCGCUUUUGCCCGAAACCUCGUCCUCUAAGACGCAGGCUUGGGGGCUUGCUUUAGGAUGCUCUGGCGUCCGUCUUUGAGGUCGUGGUACCUAGUCCCACCGCCACACACCUCCUCUCCUUUCCUAAGACCCUAAGCGCUAAGGUUUCCGCCAGCUAGCGCGAACGCGAGUGCGCGUGCGUCGAUGCAGCGUUCGCGCGCCUCAAGCUUGGGGGCGCGGAAGCCAGACUCGGCCGUUAGCGUCGCCGGCCGCGCUUCGGCUCCACUUGCCACGGCGGCUCAGCCGUCGUAAAGCGCAGCCGCGCCUACUGCUGCAAGGCGAUUUAUGACGGCCUCCGGUUCGACUUUACGGCGUGUGGCCGUCCACACUCCUCCCGCCUGAAGCCUCGGCCUUCCAGCCCGGCCGAAGCUGUGUCUGUGCGCAGCUCUUUCUAGCGCGCGCCGCCGGGCACUCGCUGGCGGUCAGGCACCCGGGACCUUAGGCGUCCGCCCGCCGCCGUCUGGCUCUUCCGCACGCCUUGCUCCCGGCGUGCACCGCGGCGCAGCCAUGUUGCCGUAGUGUUGUUUUCUUCCUGCGGAGGCGAGGGUGCGACGCGCGGGCCUCGCCUCUGCUCGCUCGCGGGCGCCGGCCCUCGCCGCUCCCCCGCCUCCCCGGCCCGCACCAGAGCCGUCGGCCUGCCAGGAGCUCGGGGGACGGCUGAAGGCCGGGCCCGGGGACCACUAUGGCGGCCGCCCUGGGCGCGGGCGGAGGAGCAGGCGCUGGAGAUGAUGACUUUGACCAGUUUGACAAGCCUGGUGCAGAACGGUCCUGGAGAAGAAGAGCUGCUGACGAGGACUGGGACAGUGAACUGGAAGAUGACUUGCUUGGAGAAGAUUUACUGUCUGGCAAAAAGAAUCAGUCGGAUUUGUCAGAUGAAGAGCUGAAUGAUGAUCUGUUACAGAGUGAUAAUGAAGAUGAAGAAGACUUCAGUUCUCAGGGUGUCACCAUCAGUCUGAACACCACCUCUGGCAUAGUAACAUCAUUUGAGCUGUCUGACAACACCAAUGACCAAUCCGGAGAACAGGAAUCUGAGUAUGAACAAGGAGAUGAUGAGCUAGCCUACCACAAACCUGAGGAACAAGAACUGUAUACUCAAGAGUACCCAGAGGAAGGACAGUAUGAAGGCCAUGAUGCAGAGUUGACAGAAGACCAAAUAGAAUAUGGGGAUGAGCCAGAGGAGGAGCAGCUGUACAGUGAUGAAGUGCUGGACAUCGAAAUCAAUGAACCUUUAGAUGAAUUUACAGAUGAAGAAUAUUUGCAGGCUUAUGGUGGGCAACAAGGGCUGCAAGUGCGGGAAGACUGUGAGGCUGAAGAUGACUUAGAUGAGAUUACUGAUUCCCAGGUUGCUUCUGAGACCCACGAGGGAGGAAUGGAAACCCUGGAACUCCAGAAAGACAUAAAAGAAGAAUCAGAUGAAGAAGAUGAUGAUGAUGAGGAAUCUGGACGGUUACGUUUUAAAACUGAAAGGAAAGAAGGAACAAUUAUUAGGCUUUCAGAUGUAACUAGAGAGAGAAGGAACAUUCCAGAAACUUUGGAGCUUUCUGCAGAAGCCAAAGCUGCAUUGCUUGAAUUUGAAGAAAGAGAGCGACAACAUAAGCAGGGACGCUAUGGUUCCCGGCGGGGAGGAAGGCGAGGAGGUUCUCUGAUGUGCCGUGGAAUGGGAGACCAGAGGCGAGACAACAGUGAAAGGGGAAGGAUGAAGGAGCACAGGCCUGCCCUGCUUCCUACACAGCCGUCUGUUGUGGCUCACUCUCCAAGAUUAAUCCCUCCUCCACAGCCGCAGCCUCCUCCUCCACCACCACCACCACCACCUCAGCAGCAGCCAAUCAGAAGUCUGUUCCAGCAACAGCAGCUGCAGCCUCUACUCCCCUUACAGCAUCCGCAUCACCCCUCCCCACCACAGGGAGUACACAUGCCCCCCCAGAUUGAGACUCCAAGGAUGAUGUUGACCCCUCCCCCAGUGACUCCUCAGCAGCCCAAGAACAUCCACAUCAACCCACACUUCAAGGGGACAGUGGUAACCCCUGUUCAAGUGCCCUUGCUGCCAGUUCCAAGCCAGCCGAGGCCUGCCGUGGGACCCCAAAGAUUUCCAGGCCCUCCAGAAUUUCCACAGCACACACCUGGACCUGUUCCCAACAGUUUUAACCAGCCACCUAGACUUCCUCUCCAGGACCAGUGGAGAGCCCCACCCCCACCUCAGGAACGAGACCCUUUCUUCUUAGGAGUUUCAGGUGAACCAAGGUUCCCCAGUCAUCUUUUUUUGGAACAGCGAAGUCCUCCUCCACCGCCGCCUCCUCCCACGCUCCUGAACAGCAGCCAUCCUGUUCCUACUCAGAGUCCCUUACCGUUCACUCAGCCUGGACCAGCUUUUAAUCAGCAAGGACAGCAGCCAGUGUUCCCUCGAGAGAGGCCUGUAAGACCAGCCCUGCAGCCCCCAGGCCCAGUGGGGAUCCUGCACUUUAGCCAGCCAGGGUCAGCAACUGCCAGGCCUUUCAUUCCUCCUAGACAGCCAUUUCUACCCAGCCCGGGACAGCCAUUCCUGCCUACACAUGCACAGCCUAACCUUCAGGGACCCUUGCAUCCUCCAUUGCCACCACCUCAUCAACCACAGCCCCAGCCGCAACAGCCCCAACAGCAGCCCCAGCAUCACCAGCACCAGCCGCCCCUUCAGCCUCCCCUCCAGCCUCCACACCAGCCUCCCCCACAGCAUCAGCCUCCCCCUCAGCAUCAGCCACAGCAGCACCAGCAUCAUCAUCACCUUUCUGCUCCUCCCCCUCCUCUGAUGCCCAUGUCUCAGCCGCAGUUCAGGCCGCAUGUACAGACUGCCCAGCCACAGCCCAGCAGCAGUCGGAUGCAGUGUACCCCACAUCAGGGGCUCCGGCAUAAUGCAGCAUCUCAGAAUAUAAGCAAACGGCCCAUGCAGCAGAUGCAACCCACUGCUCCCAGAAACAGUAAUCUUCGUGAACUCCCCAUAGCACCUUCACAUGUUUUGGAAAUGAGUGGUAAUCGAUGCUCCUCUACACCUGUUGCUCAGGUGAAGUCCAUUGUCAACACAUCCCCACCUUGUAGGGCUGUGGUGUCUUCCAGGAGCUCACAGGGAAAUACUGAUGCAAAAGCCAAGCCACUUAGUCCUGAAGCUCAACCUAAGGAAGAAGCAAAAACAGAAGCAGAGUUUCCUGAUGAAGAUGAAGAGACAAGGUUAUAUCGCUUAAAGAUAGAGGAGCAGAAGCGUCUGAGAGAAGAAAUCCUGAAGCAGAAGGAACUACGAAGGCAGCAGCAGGCUGGUGCCAGAAAGAAGGAGUUACUGGAAAGACUUGCGCAACAGCAGCAGCAGCACCAGCAGCAGCAGCAGCAGCAGCAGCAGCAGCAGCAGCAGCAGCAGCAGAUCUAUGGCUCGCAGACCUCCAUGGAGCAAGAAGAACUGGCAGCUACACCAUCACCUACCAAUGGUAACCCACUGUUGCCCUUUCCAGGGGCACAAUGCAGGCAGAAUGUGAAAACCAGACUUCUCGUUAAAAACCAAGACAUCACCACUGCUAGUGUUCAGCCCAAAGCAGUAAACUUUGUCCCAUCUGGUGCUAACGUGCAGCAUCAAGGGCAACACUUGAGACCAUUGAAGCAUCUGCGACAGCUGCCACACAAAGUCCUCCAGGUCAAACCUAUGGAUAUGGAGGAGACCCCCCACUCCCCACAGGCAGCCAGAGUGACAUCCCUUCAGGGCCGGCCUCAGGACACCAAGCCAGGGGUGAAGAGGACUGUCAUGCACAGGGCCAACAGUGGAGGUGGUGGAGACGGGCCACAUGUCAGCUCCAAGGUCAGGGUGAUUAAGUUGUCUGGAGGGCAGGGAGGAGAGAGCGAUGGUUUUUCUCACACAGAAGGCCAGCCCCAGCGGCUUCCACAGCCUCCGGACAUGAGACAGCAGCCUACCCGCAAGGUGACGCUGACCAAGGGGGUUCCUCAGCAGCCCCAGCACCUUCCUGUGGGGCCCCACAUGUACCCGGCUAUUCCUCCAGGGAUUAAAAGUAUCCAAGGGAUUCACCCAGCCAAGAAGGCCAUCAUGCAUGGGCGAGGACGAGGAGUGGCAGGUCCCAUGGGUCGGGGACGACUAAUGCCAAAUAAGCAGAACCUUCGAGUGGUGGAAUGCAAGCCACAGCCCUGUGUGGUGUCUGUGGAAGGUCUAUCCUCAUCCACCACUGAUGUCCAGCUGAAGAGUCUGCUGAUGUCCGUGGGCCCCAUCCAGAGUUUACAGAUGCUUCCCCAGCAGCGGAAAGCCAUAGCAAAGUUCAAGGAGCCAGCCCACGCACUAGCGUUUCAACAGAAAUUCCACAGGCACAUGAUUGAUCUGUCCCACAUAAAUGUGGCCCUGAUUGUGGAGUGAUCUUGAAUGGUAAUAUCUGACCUCAUGCUGCACACACUGUGGAAUUUCUUCAAGGAAGCUGUAGGUCGGUGCAGGAUCCCCAGAAGUGCAGGUCUCUCCAGUCUGCAGUUUGCCAACUUGUCUGCGUGCCAGCCAGCCACAGGGUGAUUCCAGAAGAGAGCUAUUUAAACUGGUGGACAUGGGAUUGGAGUCUGGUGUUAGAUUGUUUUGAAUUCUGUUGUCCACAAGAACUCUGUUCUCGUGUUCUUUUGUUUCCGAGUGCUUAUAAUGCAUGUAGACCUUGUUCUUCAUGAUCCUGCUAUGUGAUUGGUCACAGAGUUUUAGAUUCAGGAAAGAAUGUUACCAGCUCAAAUUUCGAGGAUUUUUUUUUUCCACAGCAAAGAAUAUUUGAUAAUGGUUGCACUUAUCUUCAGUACAGGCUAGAAAAGAGUUCUCAACCAGGCUUAACUGGAGUGGUCUCAGAAAGCCAUCAACAGGCUCUGGUAAAACGUAGGUAAAAAUGGUUGAUUAUGAUUGACACUCACCUGCCCUGGAAAGCCAGGGUGUGAGAUGGGUGUCUGGGAAUGGUGCCAUGGAAGUGGCGAUUCUGCUUCUUAUAAAUACCUCCAAAGUGCCACCUGUUUCAGCAGAAACGCUCAGAUUGCUAGCUAGGCAAGCACUGGGCACUCCAGAGCCAGUGGCUCUGCCACCCUGCAGGCAGCCCUCUUGGCCUAGUUUUCCUGGCAUAGGGUGAGGCACAGCUUGAAAGGUGGUCAGACCUGCUUGGGCUUCUUUGCUUUUCAAAUGUCCUAGCUCUGUAGUUUGUGCUGUCAUUGGUUUGAUUGUCUCACUGUCCUUCAGGGCUCUGAGUUUCCUUUGGGCUGCCUUUCUAUCACAUUUGUGAAGGAUGGAUUUCUCAGCAAGGCUGAUGCUGCCCAAGAUAAGUAUAUCUGUCCACAUUAGUCAUUUUAGUCGAUUCCAACAGGUGAGACUUGCUUUCUACAAACAUCCCUUAGAAGUCCAUGCUGGGCAGACAUUGAACACAGUGCCUUAUUAUGUUUCUCCCUUGAAUGCUUCAGUGUUUUGAGUCAUACUCUAGAAUGGACUGACACUAGGACACACUCAGGACUUUUUUAGUUGUAUUUUAUACCUGUGAUUUUAUCUCACAUAUCUUGGUAGGAUGGAGGAAGACAGAGGUCUGUUGUCAUCUACUGUCGCUGGGUAAUAAGGAGGGAGCUCUGGACUCAAAGCAGCUGGCUUCCACAGCUGAAGUUUUACAUUACGUUUUCAAUUAAGUUGCCAACGUUUUAACAACUGGAGAAUGGUAUUCCAGGCCCCAAGAAACUUUGCGUUAGGAUUGAUUCUGAGAUGACACUCUGUGCUGGCAAGGAGCAUUGGGGGACACAGUUGUUGUUUGGUAUCCAGGCAGUUGAGCUGAGGCAUUCAUAGGAUGUCUUAGAAGACAUUGUGGUAUGGUGCCACCUCUGACCACGAAGCCUCUUCCUCACGCCUGCUUGGUACACUAAGGGCCAGCCCUGCAGGGGCUGUACCCAGCUUGGCCUUAGCCCAUCCAAGUGCUGUCAACUGGUCUCCCACUGUCACUUCCACUCAUUUCAUUUGGACACAGGAAAUGUUGAUAGAUAUUUCGUUAAAUUGGUGAGUUUGGUAAUAUGUUAGCUCUCAUUGGACAAGAUAGACGCCAUGUAGGAGGUUGAGGGUUAGGACACAGUAAAAUGAAUUUAACAGUUUCGCUGCUUUCACAAAUAGUUUUGAGUGCUGGGUUCUUAAAACCCAAUUAUGCAUUUUUGUCUGAAGUAGGCACUGAAGCAUUGAAGUCAGGUAAGGAGACAUCCUCUUCGACACCACUGUUGGCCGAGGAGCUCAGGGCCACUUUGAGUGUGGUGAGAUACCCAGGAACACGUGUGCCCACAGCUGAAGUUUUACAUUACGUUUUCAAUUAAGUUGCCAACGUUUUAACAUCUGGCACACACAUGAGCCUACACACAUGAGCCAGUUUUUCCUUAUUGUAGUGUCCUGUGAGACAGACCAGCUCCAAGCACUGCUUAGAACAACUGCUCACUCUGACCUUGCUACACAUCCAUUUGGGGUGGACUAUCAGACCAGGCAAGCCAGUCCUAAAGGCUUCUGUGAAGGAAACCACAGAAAGUGAAAGAAGCAGAAUUAGAAAGAGCAUUCCCCACUUACAUUGUCCUUCUCACAGGGAAGUCAGACGGUGGAAGAUCUGCUGCAACCAUUAUCUCUGUUCUUUGUGUAUCAUGCAUUUAAAAUGAGAUGGAAAAGCAUUAGCAUACUGUGUAAAUAUGGACCUUUUCAGAUUAAAACGUUAAUGGAAAUGCUUUUAACUCAAACAGCAACAUCUUAGCUAUUUGUUAGUUCUCUUUUGUUGUCUUAUCAAAGUUUAAUGGAGACACUUUCAUAAUUGUUGUUGUGUGUACAUUUGAUUUUCAUAAAGAUGGUAGUAAGUCAA